AUGAGGAACGUAUAUAUUGCAUAUAGUGCCUCCUGGAUAUUUGUUAAUACUGCUAACCUUUGGUUUGCCGCUUGGCUCAGUGUCUUGUACUGUGUGAAGAUUGUCAACUUCUCCCACCCUCUCUUCCUCCAAAUGAAGCGGAGAUUCCCUGGGAUGAUGCCUUGGCUGCUUCUGGGGACAGUGGUCUUCUCUACAAUCAUCACCACCAUUGAGGCAAUAAUGAUAUUGGCAAGGUUCUUCAUUUGGAUGGGGAUAAAAGUCAUUGGGAUGGAUUUUUUGUUGCUUCAUGUGGUUGCUGCAUAUUCCGCUGGCCAUGCCAUUAUCCUGAUCUUCAUUAAUCCCAAACUGAAACAGGAAUCAGUCAAGAUGCUACAUCAACUAAAAUGCUGA